AUGUCUGAGCAAGCAGCUAGCGAAAGCGGGCGUAGAGUGCCCUUGUGGGUUUUGAAUGCUAGGGAGGAGAAGGAGGCCAGGACGAACUUGAAGAACAUGGCUUACAAGAACUGUGAUGAGUAUGUGAAGGCUAUGGCUGAUUGUGCAAAGCAGAAUGGUCUCAAAUGUUUUCCGGCUUGUGAUCAACAGAGAGCAGACAUGAGGCAGUGCCUGCUGUUCUACCAGACAGAUCAUUACUUGGAUGUUGAGAGGGACAAGAUUGUUCAGAAGAGAAUCGCCAGGCUGGAAGAGAUGGUAAAUAAGCAGAAAUCGUGA